CUCGAUGAGCGGCUGCCGUCCCUCGGCCCCUCCCUCUGGGUGGGUAUCAUAAAUAAAGCCAGGCAGGAGGAGAGGCACAAAGCCGCCUCCCCGGGAAAAAUGCCCCCCGGGCGCGAGAAAUGGAGCCGCUCGAGCGCCGCGAAGAGGGCGGCGUGCUUUCUGGCUGCGGUGUACGGGCUGAAGAUCCUCUGCCCGCUCGUCCGCAGGCGGCUCCGGCAGGCUGGCUGCAAAAAGGACCCGCAGCAGAGGCAGGUCGCCAGCAGCAGCAGCAGCCGGGCUGACGGAGGGGAUCUUCCGAAGGAGGUGGCGGAGCUGCUGCAUUGCCCGGGUCUCCCCGCCGCCAGAGCGUCCUCGGCGGCCAAUGAAUUUUUCCGGCAGCUGCUGGCGCUGCGCAAGAUCCUCUUCCCAACGGUGAGCGCGGAGAGCGGCUGGCUGUGCCGCACUCGGCGGCGCUGGUGUCGCGGGACCUUCCUCUCCAUCUACGUGGCCGGCCUGGACGGCAAGAUCGUCAAGAGCAUCGUGGAGAAGCGGCCGCGCAGCUUCGCCUGGAAGCUGAUCAAGUGGCUGGCCAUCGCCAUCCCGGCCACGUUCGUCAACAGCGCCAUCCGCUACCUGGAGGGCAAGCUGGCGCUGGCUUUCCGCACCCGCCUGGUGGAUCACGCCUACGAGACCUACUUCGCCGACCAGACCUACUACAAGGUGAUCAACAUGGACAGCCGGCUAGCUAACCCGGACCAGUCGCUCACCGAGGACAUAGCGAUGUUCUCGCAGUCGGUGGCGCACCUGUACUCCAACCUGACCAAGCCCAUCCUGGACGUGGUGCUCACCUCGUACACCCUCAUCCAGACGGCCAGGUCCAGGGGGGCCAGCCCCAUCGGGCCCACGCUUCUGGCCGGGCUCGUGGUGUACGCCACCGCCAAGGUGCUCAAAGCCUGCUCGCCCAGAUUUGGCAAGCUGGUGGCCGAGGAGGCCCAUCGCAAGGGCUACCUGCGCUACGUCCACUCUCGGAUCAUCGCCAACGUGGAGGAGAUCGCCUUCUACGGGGGCCACAAGGUAGAAAUGAACCAGCUACAGAAAAGUUACAAAGCUCUAGCGGACCAAAUGAACCUCAUUUUGUCCAAACGCUUGUGGUACAUCAUGCUGGAGCAGUUCCUGAUGAAGUAUGUCUGGAGCAGCAGCGGUUUGAUUAUGGUGGCCGUACCUAUCAUCACUGCGACGGGAUUUGCAGAUGGCGAAUUAGAAGACGGUCAGAAACAAGGGAUGGUCAGUGAGAGGACGGAAACCUUCACCACUUCCAGAAAUUUAUUGGCCUCUGGAGCAGAUGCCAUUGAAAGGAUUAUGUCUUCUUACAAAGAGGUCACCGAGUUAGCAGGCUACACGGCUCGUGUGUACAACAUGUUUUCAGUCUUCGAUGAAGUGAAGAGGGGCAUUUACAAAAGGACAGCUGUUUCUCAAGAAUGUGAAAGCAACAAUAAGAAAAGACAUAGAACAGAGCAGCAUAUCUGCGGCCCAUUGGAAAUCAAGGGAAGAGUAAUAGAUGUUGAUCAUGGAAUUAUCUGUGAAAAUGUUCCUAUUAUUACCCCAAAUGGAGAUGUGGUGGCUUCAAGGCUAAACUUCAAAGUGGAAGAAGGUAUGCAUCUUCUAAUCACUGGACCUAAUGGUUGUGGCAAGAGUUCUCUCUUCAGGAUUCUAAGUGGUUUGUGGCCUGUCUAUGAAGGAGUUCUUUAUAAGCCACCUCCUCAGCAUAUGUUCUACAUUCCUCAGAGACCUUACAUGUCCAUUGGAACGCUGCGGGAUCAAGUGAUCUAUCCUGACUCCGUGGACGACAUGCGCGAGAAGGGCUACCAAGACCAGGAUCUGGAGUGCAUCCUACAGAUAGUUCAUUUGAAUCACAUAGUGCAAAGAGAAGGAGGGUGGGAUGCUGUUACAGACUGGAAGGAUGUCCUGUCCGGAGGAGAAAAGCAGAGAAUGGGGAUGGCUCGGAUGUUUUACCACAAGCCCAAAUAUGCAUUGCUGGAUGAGUGUACAAGUGCUGUCAGCAUCGAUGUCGAAGGAAAGAUAUUCCAGGCUGCUAAGGGGGCUGGCAUAUCCCUGCUUUCAAUAACACACAGACCAUCUCUUUGGAAGUACCAUACACACUUGCUACAGUUUGAUGGGGAAGGACGCUGGCGCUUUGAACAAUUGGACAAUGCUAUCCGCUUAACCCUCAGUGAGGAGAAACAAAGACUAGAAUCCCAGCUUGCAGGAAUGCCAAAAAUGCAGCAGAGACUGAACGAACUUUGCAAAAUCUUAGGGGAAGAUUCUGUGCUGAAAACAAUGGACAAAGAAGAAUAAAUGUUUUUAGUUAAUUUCCCCACCCCAAUUUUUUAAAAGUUAACGAUGCACUUUGAUUUUUGAGACACAAUGGUUUGCAUGCACCUGAUUAGUGUAGCCUGUAAGGAAUUGGCCACAAACUCAAUGCUUGAGAUAACUGUCAACUUUAUAAUGUUAAGGAAGAAAGUGGUUCAAACUAA